AUGUGUAUGAAGACAGAGUUCUUAUUUCUUACAAUUUUGAACUCUGGGCCAAAACAUCCGCGGGCUAGUCUUGAUGUCUUCCUCCGACCUUUGAUUGAAGAGUUAAAAGAAUUGUGGUCUACAGGAGUCGAGGCUUAUGAUAUAUCCCUGAAUAAAAAUUUUAAUCUAAAAGCAGUGCUGCUAUGGACAAUCAGCGAUUUUCCAGCUUAUGGCAUGUUGUCAGGAUGGACGACACAUGGUAGAUUAGCUUGCCCAAUUUGCAUGGAGGAUACAAAGGCUUUUCAACUGCCAAAUGGAAGGAAGACGUGUUGGUUUGAUUGUCACAGGAGGUAUCUUCCGCAUGGUCAUCAGUUAAGGAAAAACAAAACAAGUUUUUUGAAGGGAAAACAUGCUAUAAGAGACUAUCCGCCUCAAUCUCUUACCGGUGAGCAAGUUUUGUAUGAGCGAAUAAGACAAGUUAAUCCGCUGAAAACAUCAGAUUGCGGUGGAAAUGGUCAUGAAGUAAAACAACGAGGAUACGGAGAUUGGCAUAAUUGGCACAAAGAAAGUAUAUUUUGGGAAUUGCCGUAUUGGACAGACCUCAAUCUACGGCAUAAUCUUGAUGUGAUGCAUAUAGAGAAGAAUUUUUUUGAUAACAUCAUGAAUACCAUUAUGAAUGUUAAAGACAGAUCGAAGGACACGGUUAAGUCAAGGUUAGAUGUCGCACGUUUUUGCGACAGGAAAGAGGUACAUGUGGACAAUCAAGGCAAAGCUCCAUUUCCUAAUUUCAGAUUGACUCAGCCAGCGAAAGAAGCGCUUCUGAAAUGUGUAAAAAACGAUGUUAAAUUUACAAGGAGGGAAAUUUUCCGGCAUGAAGAGUCAUGA